AAGCGGAAGUAGAUUAUUAUUUUGAUUUUGAGGGAUGGUAAACAAGAGGAUAUUUCAAUAGAAAUAGCGAAACAUAGCCACAAUUUUAUAAUAUAAAUACUAUUCAUUUAGUUGAGUUAUUAAAAUUUAAAUAUGUCUCUUCAAAUGUGCAACGAUACCAGCGAAGCUAUUGCUUUGGAAGCAACUCUAGGAUUGUAUUUAAAACCUGCUUCUAAAAUAAAAAUCAGUGUACAGUUGCCAAAACUAAAAACUCCUGGGCAGAGCAUUUCAAGUUGGCAGUUGAUGGAAAAACUUAAAACAACUAUACGACCAGAUCAAUUUUUGUAUUUAAAAGCUCUCAAGAUUACUUCAGCUGUCAUCAAAUUUGAAGGUGAGCUGGAAACUCGAGCUUCUUGUGAAAGAGCUCUUGCGCGUUUAAAAGCUGCUGGAGGCCUCAAAUUAAAUGGUUUCUCUGAAUGGUUACAGAUACGUGCGGCUCAUGCAGCUUCCUCAGGCCCUACACGACACGACUGGGAUUCAUUCUUCCGAGAUGCAAGAGGUGUUGAUGAAAUGAAACCGGGUGAGCGGCCAGAUACUGUUUACUUGCAAGAAUUACCAGUACGUUGGUUUGCAGAAAUUGGGAAGCCAAUAAAGCCUAGCGAGAGACUUUUGCAAAAGGCAUUUGCAACUUACGGUAGAAUUCGAAGGUUAGAAAUCCCUGUGAACCAUGAAACUGAAGAGCGAACAUUCGGGAAAACUAGUUCAUUGCAUAGUGAUCUUUUAUUUGAAGCUUAUAUUCAGUACGAAGAAUAUGUGGAGUUUGCAAUGGCUAUGGACUCAUUGAGGGGUAAGAAACUUCUGUACAAAGAUGCAGAUGGAAAAGUGUAUUCUGCUGAUAUCAAGGUUGACUUUGACCGUACAAAUUACCUUAGUGAGCGGCGUAUCAAGAAACGAGAAGCAGAAGCAAAAAAAGCAAAUACUGCAUGUGUAUUGCAGUUACCAGAUGUAACUGAAAAUGUUUCCCUUGCCAAAGUCCAAAAUGUCCAAGCCCCGAUUGAUUCUUCAAAAAUACAAAAAGUAGACAUUCAGCAAAAUUUGAUGGAGCAAAAGGAAGUAGAAAAUGAAGCUAAACUUUUGUUGAAAGAACUUCUGCAUAGAGCUGAAAUUACUGAGAGGAAAAAAGAAAUGGAAAAGAAAAUGAAGUUAGAAAAGUCUGCUUUAAAGCAACUUGAUAUAAAGACUCAGAAAAAAGAAGAAAUUAAGCUAAAGGAAGAAAAGAAAACUCGAGAAAAGCUUAUACAAAAGGAAAUUAUUUUAAAAAAGAAACUUCUAAGAAAUCUUAAAGCUAAAGAACAGGAAAAAAUUAUUGAAACUAGAGAGAAACUACGUAAAGAACUAGCUGGACGUAGAGUUCUUAAAAGUGUGCUAGCAAACAGGACAUUUAAUAGUUCUACAUUUAAAAAGAACUAUUAGUAAACUCUUUCAUAAAUAUGCAAAUAUUUGCAUAAAUUAUACAUUUAUGAAAACCUGUGAUCUUUUACAAUGUAAAGAGGAAUUUAUUAUUUUAUAAAUAAGAAAAUAAAUAUUUUCUAUUGUUUUGUUAGAAUUCUAAAA